CUGAUGUCAGUGACGGUGAAAGUUCACUGCACAGUUUGGAAACGGAAUUUGGAACUUCGAGUCGGUCAGCACCCCUUCAACUGCUCCCAACUUUGUCCCAUGCUGAAUUUUCAACACCUUCAAGACGUCUUGGGCCCUAAGGAUACUGGGGCGCUCAUUGUCCUGCUUUUCCAGGUUUCGUGAACGCAGGUGAUGUACACUCUUGGACGCGCCCAAGGAGCACCACUUGUCAUCAGAGCAUUGCUCGGUCGGAAAGGUAGUAUUUUGGUGAUUCGAAGUUUGCUUAUCCGGGAGUACAACUGAAAGAACAACGGAGAAGGAAACAUUCAGAGCCGCUUUUGCCGGGUCUUCUUGGCAGCCCAGUAUGGGAAAGAAGGAGGAGACUUUUGAGGCGGUCCUCGCGCGGAUGAAAGUGAAAGGCCCUUUGAUGAUGCGGGAACAAUUGAAGCUGCUGACAGUUGCCGCUGUGGAAGGGGUCGGAGAGAAGGUCACCAGGAACGAGCUGUUGGCCGCAGCGCACAUGGUUUCCAAAGAAGCCACAAAAACCGCGAUGGCAUGGUCGGGUGAAGUCGACAAAGAAGACGGGCUCCUGCUACUCAACGUCCUCCUGCAAGCCGUCUCUGCCUUCGUCACUGUUUGCCACGGCUUCACGGCGGGGGCGGGGCCGACGCUCCUGGCUGCAAUCAGGGCCACCGCAACCGCAGUUGUUGAGGCCUCAGCCCAGCUUCUGGAGGGCUGCAUCGACCUCUUCCAGCGUGGCGCCACCGCCGAAGACAGGGCCUCUGCGCUGCCAAAGCUCGCGGGCCGGGUUUGGGAAACCUGCGAGGCGGUUAAGAAGGCCCCGACGAGUAACCAGGUCGCGGUGGGCAGGGGGCUUGCGCUGCUGGCGGCAACUGUCAAAGACACGCUGCGGGAGAUGGGGGAAAUGAAGGAAACGACCAGCGGUCAAAAUGGGGGGGAGAGCGGAAAGGAAGGGGCACAGCCCGAGAGGGGGGAGGGGGGGGCAAUGAAGGAAAAGACAAAAGGUCAGAGCGAUAGGGAAGGGGCGCGGCUUGAGGAGGGUGAAAAGUGUGCGACGCGCAGUCAGGGGCAGGCGGAUUAUCACGAUAAGGGGGGUGAGAGUGCGAGCGAGAGAGAAGGUCUAGGUGGGGGUAUGGCGUUGGAGGGCAGGGCGACCACGAGCAGCGAGGCGAGUGCUUCGAAGGGGGGCGCAUCGGGGGCGUCUCUCACUGGCCAGUCGGCGGUAUCGAACGGGCAGAGUCGCGACGCAACAAGCGUUUUGGGGGACGGUUUGAAGCGGAUGCACUUGGGGGACUCGGCCAUCCGAAGUUCGACGAGUUCCAGUCAAACGAAUGGCAAGGCUGGUUCGGAAACACCAAGCAGAGCUGGCAGCGGGGAUCCUAACGUAGAAGAGGGGAAGGCGGGGAUGUCAUCGGACCGGGGGACGAAAGCUGGGUCAUCAGAAGAUAGGAACGUAUCACAAGGUCGGGGGGAAACGACAGCGUCGCAGGAGGGGCUGAGAGUCGGAAAGGCUCGAGACGGGGCAGAAGCGACGGCGUCGCGAGAAAACGAAGCCUCAGCCUCGUUUGAGACGUUACCGAGAAGCGAAGAGUCGCAAGCGGGGGGAAUAGCCGAAGCCCCGCAUACGGGGGGAAAGACGACCGAACCUCAGGGGGGGGACCAAAAGACGGAAUCGAACGACAGGGGCGCAUUGAGCCUGCCAGACGAUUUGGGGGACAUGGCCGAGAUCCUGGACUACAACCCCGAGUUCGACGCGGAAGAUAUGGAGCUGGUGCGUGCGGCGGUGCUAGUAGCGGAGGGCGUGCUUGCGCUGCUGAAACAGCUGCUGUACGUCGUGGCCAAGUGGGCGCCCCCACCGGACUGGAGCAAGGACGCGGCGCUGAAUGUGCUGGAAAUGCUGCAUGGCGACUGCAGUGAAAUCUGCUUGCAAGUAGAGGAGCUCGGCGCGUGCCUGUAUCCCCCCCAAGAGAUUGCGUCUCUACGGAAGAGGACAACUGUGAUUGAGGAGAAAGUGAACAACGUUGACGACAUCAUACACGAAGCAGUGGAAGGAGGCGCGAGUGCGGGCUAUGAAGAUGCAGUAGCUAGUACUUUGCAAGCAUGCCAGGACCUUCAUCAAUUGAUCGUUGAAGGUGUCGGACCCGAUUCUGAAGACGAAUGAAGCCUCUAAGCUGUGUUUGUGCUUCAGGGAAUACUAAAAGUAUGGGUGGCUCAGUGUCGUGAAAGAGACUCAAGUUGCUCGUCAACAUUCUGUGACAAAGUGUAGUGUCAGGCAUUCCGCUGUUCCCUAACAGCACCGUCUGUUAUUGAAAUCACACAUGAAAGACCAUCAGAUUGUCUUACAUGAUGGGG